UUUAAUGACCUUUUCUUGACUUUUCCACCAAUUUACAGGUGUGUCUAUCAUCAUCAUCACAGAUGGUCGGAGACAUGGAUGCCCAGCAGCAGGAGCUUCAGCAGAUUCUGAACCCGCAGAAACUCAAGUCUCUGCAGGAAUGGAUGCAGAGGAACUCCAUCACUUUAACCCAAGUCAAUGGGCAGAGGAAAUAUGGUGGUCCUCCUCCAGGUUGGCAGGGUCCUGCUCCUGGUUCGGGCUGUGAGGUUUUCAUCAGUCAGAUCCCGAACGACGUGUACGAGGACCGCCUGAUCCCUCUCUUCCAGAGCAUCGGCACCAUUUACGAGUUUCGCCUCAUGAUGAACUUCAGCGGGCAGACCCGGGGCUUCGCCUAUGCUAAGUACGGUGACCCUCUUACAGCCUCGGCUGCCGUCACCACGCUGCAUCAGUACCGGCUGCCGGAGGGGGGCUGCCUGACCGUGCGCAGGAGCACCGAGAAGCGCCAGCUGCGUUUGGGGGAUCUGCCCGUCAGCAUGAAUGAAUCGAAGCUGCUGAUGGUGCUCCAGAUGCUCUCUGACGGUGUAGAGGACGUCCUGCUCAAGCCACCGGGGCCCAAAGGGAAAGAGGUUGUGGCUCUAGUCAACUACACGUCCCAUUACGCCGCAUCCAUGGCUAAGAAAGUGCUCGUGGAAGCUUUUCGGAACCGGUACGGCAUUUCCAUCACCGUCAGAUGGACUUCCUUCUCCAAGUCCAAGCGUGUCGAGGACACUCCCCAGGAAGACAGCUGCGUAACCCCACUUGUUCUGAAGCCGCUUUCUAAACCAUCGCUCCUGCAUUAUGACGUCCCAGCUCACCAGUCUCUGCUUCCUCUCUUCCGGGCUGUUGGGGGUCCGACCACCAGUGAGCAGAGAGAUGAGAUGAUUCCUCAACCCACCAUAAUGUCAAGAAAUGAGCUGAUUCCUCAAUCGUCCAUAAGGCAGAGAGAUGAGAUGGUUCCUCAGCUCCCCAUAAGGCCGAGAGAUGGGAUGGCUCCCCAAUCCCCCAUUAGCCUCGACGCCGUGUCUCAUCUGCAGUGGAUGUGCGAGGUCAACAGACUCGGCUCUCCGCAAUAUGAAGUCCACUUCCAUCACGCGGCUCCUGACGGAUUCCUCUACUUCGCCUUCAAAGUGCUGAUCCCAGGCCUGCCGCUGCCCCUGUAUGGGUUCGUCCAGAUCCUGCCAGGCACCAGCGCACGAGCCAUGAAGAGUGAAGUUUACCGGGCCGCCGCUGAACAGGUGAUCCAAACCUUGUGCCGAGUCUCAAAUUUGCGGCCUUUCUAAGAAUGUCAGAUUAUGGCUUGAUCGAAUGUGAUUGUGAUCAGUUUUACGUUCAGUAUUAUGUACUGUUCCGGUUAUAGAUGAUGAAUAUGUGGAAAUGUAAUGAAAAAUAAGCAUUUAGUUUACUGUUGAUGAAGAGAAAAAAAAAGGUGACCAAGGCAGUAUUACUUUUAUUUGAUUUUAUUUUUUUCAAGCUCUUGACUUUAGUGGUUUGAAGUUUUAUGUUCUCGUCGUUUUAUAAUAUUUUAACUAUGUAAUAUUAAUAAUUGAGUUGUUUUAGUCAGCCUCAUCAUAUUAGGAUGACUGCAUGUUUUCACGCUUUUCUUUUGAGUGUUUUUCACUGUAUUUCGACUUCACUUUGGUUUGCGUUUGUCACGAUUGUUCUUUUUGCAUGGUGUGCUCCUUGUGUUUCCUUGUUUGAUGGGUUGUACUGACUAUAAAUGACUUUUGUACAAUAAAUAAGUUGUU